AUGUAUGUCUAUCACUCGAAAGACACUCGAUUUGAGCGUGAAUUUCUAAAUCUCAAGACUCGGACUUCUCUGUACCGAGCCAUCUUCAAAAGCGACGGCAGCUCCGCCAUCCCAGCAGGCUAUCAUUUAUCAGGGAUUGCACACCAUAUUCUUCGAACUGAGCAAGAGGAAGGCGUUCUUCGUGUCCCUCCAAACCGCAACGCUGGUUAUAUCGGACAACCGUCAUUGAGUUCCAAAGUUAUCGACGUGUAUCCGGCAGACUUCCGGACAUCGAGAAACUACGACAAAGGCUUGCACGGAUUUACCAUUCACAGCCGGUGCUGGGAGCUGAUAGAGCACGUCUUUGGGCCCCAGGUGGAAAAGCACCUGGAUCUUCUGGUGCAAGCCCUACGGCUCAAAUGGGUCGGGGGCGCUCAUGAACUAUUAAGCGACACGUGGUAUCAUUACGAGUAUACGCGGUACAGGUGGGACUGGACAUUACAACCAAUCGAUAUUCCUUCUUAUCUGAACGAUCCUAUGGGCACGGGUGAGACUCGAUCUCCGUGUCCUUCGGAAAAUCAUGUUUACCACAGUUUACCACUUGAGAUAAAAUACUUGAUUCUGGACACGCUCCAACGUGAAAAGGAUAUAAACGGACUGCUGUCUGGUUUCGAAUGGUACAUUCCAGACAGCUAUUGGAAGGGUCGUUUUCCACGAGAGAUGGGCUUUGAGAUUGGCCAAAUCCGCUGGAAGGAGAUAGACUGGCCGUAUAUCAUCGAGAAUGCGAAGCUGAUCACAGAUUCACCUUCUCUUCAGCUUCGGCGUCGCAAUGUGCAAUUUCUGAGAGCUGUUCGUGUUGUUUUCAACCGGGUUCUGAGAGCGUAAAAUGGGGAGGAUCAGUAGCCUGUAUUUGCAGGAUAGAAAUUCGGAUUUGCUCUUGAAUCGCUAAAUAGUCUGGCUAUCUAUAUUUGCUAUAGGGAAUAUCAUUCAUCGCGUGAUCCG